AUGCAAUAACUAAAGCAAUUACAAAGCAAUGAAUAACAAAUGUACUUCAAAUCUAAGUUGAUUCAUAAUCUCUAAAACUACUUACUGAGUAACUAAAAAAUAAAGGAUUGUAAAAUGUAAAGUAAUCCAUAAGAUGCUGACUUAUUUCUAAAAGAACAAAACAAACUCAAAUUAAAUGGACUAUAAAAUAAACCACUUCAUUCAUUAGUGGUCUUAUACAAAAAUCAGCUAAAAAAAAGCUGA